GCACAGAUCACAGAAGAGUUGAAUAAACAUUGGCAGAGGUUGCUUGAAGGACUUUGUUACUACAAACCACCCAGUUCCAAUUCAGCAGAAAUCGUGAAAGCUGAUAAAAAUGUGCCCGCUUCGUUGAAGGAACUGGGACUCCGCGUCAGCAAGUUUUUGGGUUUGGAUGAGGAGCAAAGCGUGCAGCUCUUACAAUGUUACCUUCAAGAGGAUUAUAAAGGGACCAGAGACUCGCUAAAGACACCAAGGAAAGACAGUACGGGUGUAUCUGAUUACGCUCUGGGGGAGAAGUUUUAUCCCCUUCAAGGGUAG